AACUGAAAUACAUUGAAGAUGACUGCUUAUGCUUUGUUAUGUGGUAUUUAUAUGCUUUUGCAUUCGGUAGUGGCCGACCGGAAUUCCGGUCAUUCUUCCGUUGGUCUCCGCAGCCACCAUGCAGGCCCGUCAACUCCAGUUGCAGGCGUGCAUCCUACACCUCAUGGAAAACUGCGUACUGUCAACGCUACGGACAAUCAUCUUCCUUCUCAGAGGACGUGGGAUUUAAUGGCUCUAAUACAGGAGACAGCGGAAUCGGAGUCCCGAUGGCGUCUCAUUGUACACAUUGUGAACAGUAUUCUUUGUAUUAUCGGGAGUUUGUGUCUUCUUUUCCUCAGUAUGCAGCAAGCAGGGCGGCUAUUUUCUCAGGGUAUGUGGAGUCGCAAAUUUUUACGCGGUGGCGGUUACUGGGUUCUUGGAGGCGCUGGUUGUGGCAUUGUGCUUGGUGUGAGCCUUGGUUUUACAUUAAACUCAUAUUACAUCCCUUAUUUUUUCUCUGGGUUUAUGUUACUCGGCGCUUCGAUAAUUUACAUUGGACGUCGCGGUGCCAUUUUGGGUACAGUUGGCGGCCUUAUGGUUGGUUUAACCCUUGGUGUGAUUCACUCCGGCUCUGCAAGCGCCAUAAUAGUGGAAGGUAUCCUCUGCAUGUUAGCUGGAGUGACUAUAGGUUUCAUACCGAUAUUCCCAAACCUCAAGAUGAAUUCACGUUACAUAGACCAGGGCCUUCGGGCUGCGGCACAAAGUGCUGGUUAAUGACAAAUAUGGUGCG